CAACGAUGCAUGAAGUCCUGAUUCUGAUGAUCACACUUUGUGUCUAAAACCUCAUCUCAGUCCAGUGGAAAACCAGCUUGCUGACAGAGUGAAGGAAACACUUGUGACUCAGUGGCCAUGUUGAGUGUCGUGAUUUUCUGCUGGUUGAGUCUCAGCGCCGUCCAGGUGGCAUCAGGUCUCGUCCGCACUAACCACAUGGAGGUCUCGCAUCCGAGCCUGAGGAGGACAGAUGCCUCAUUUUUCCCUGACAUCAGUGUACAGGAUUCAGGGCCUGCAGUGGACGCUGUACAACUUCGAAUUGAUUCAGUUGAGGAACAGGUGAUGGUGGAUCCUGUUUCCUAUGACGAGGACAUUGCGGAUGCAAUCCAGCUCCAGAGGAGAGGCACACGUUCACCAGGCCGCUGUAUUCCACACCAACAAUCGUGCCUGGGCCACCAGCUGCCCUGCUGCGACUCGUGUGAUACCUGUUACUGCCGCUUUUUCAGAGCUUUCUGUUACUGCCGCAGCAUGGACCACACCUGCAAACACAGACGUGCGUAGCACUCACAACACCAGCCCAGAAGGAGGUUGGCUUAAAGAUGAGACACGGGUGUGAAAAUAAAACCUUAUGCCAAUGCACAUUUAUCAGUAUACACCAGAAUCCAUGAUGGUACUGCUUUACAUUAAAGUACCCUGAAAUAACAUUGAAUAAACCAUGAACCUGUCACUCAUUAACACUUAUUAUUUUUAAAAUAAUGAAGCAGCACUUACAUUAACGAACAUUAAUCAUGAGUUAAAAAUAAUGGAUUAAUUGCGAAUUAAGUAGCCAACUUCUUAAGCGAUGCUGAGUAAUCGAUUUGAA